GCAGCUGCCGCCGCCGCCACCACGGCCGCCGCCGCCUUGACCACCCCAGACCUGGGCAGCAGCCUCAAGAAGAAGAAGCGGCUCUCGCAGUCCGAUGAGGAUGUGAUUAGGCUAAUAGGACAGCACUUGAAUGGCUUAGGGCUCAACCAGACUGUUGAUCUCCUCAUGCAAGAGUCAGGAUGUCGUUUAGAACAUCCUUCUGCUACCAAAUUCCGAAAUCAUGUCAUGGAAGGAGACUGGGAUAAGGCAGAAAAUGACCUGAAUGAACUAAAGCCUUUAGUGCAUUCUCCUCAUGCUAUUGUGAGGAUGAAAUUUUUGCUGCUGCAGCAGAAGUACCUGGAAUUCCUGGAGGAUGGCAAGGUCUUGGAGGCACUUCAAGUUCUACGUUGUGAAUUGACGCCACUGAAAUACAAUACCGAGCGCAUUCAUGUUCUUAGUGGGUAUCUGAUGUGUAGCCAUGCAGAAGACCUACGUGCAAAAGCAGAAUGGGAAGGCAAAGGGACAGCUUCGAGAUCCAAACUGUUGGACAAACUUCAGACCUAUUUACCACCAUCAGUGAUGCUUCCCCCACGGCGUUUACAGACUCUUCUGCGGCAGGCUGUAGAACUACAAAGGGAUCGGUGCCUAUAUCACAAUACCAAACUUGAUAAUAACCUAGAUUCGGUGUCUCUGCUUAUAGAUCAUGUUUGCAGUAGGAGGCAGUUUCCGUGUUACACUCAACAGAUCCUUACAGAGCAUUGCAAUGAAGUGUGGUUUUGUAAAUUCUCUAAUGAUGGCACUAAACUAGCAACAGGAUCAAAAGAUACAACAGUUAUCAUAUGGCAAGUUGAUCCGGACACACACCUGCUAAAACUGCUGAAAACCUUGGAAGGCCAUGCGUAUGGGGUUUCUUACAUUGCAUGGAGUCCAGAUGACAGCUAUCUUGUUGCCUGUGGCCCAGAUGACUGCUCGGAACUUUGGCUUUGGAAUGUACAAACGGGAGAGCUAAGGACAAAAAUGAGCCAGUCUCACGAAGACAGUUUAACAAGUGUGGCUUGGAAUCCAGACGGGAAACGCUUUGUAACUGGAGGUCAGCGUGGGCAGUUCUAUCAGUGUGAUUUAGAUGGUAAUCUCCUUGACUCCUGGGAAGGGGUAAGAGUGCAAUGCCUUUGGUGCUUGAGCGACGGCAAGACUGUUCUGGCAUCAGAUACACACCAGCGAAUUCGAGGCUAUAACUUCGAGGACCUUACAGAUAGGAACAUAGUACAAGAAGAUCAUCCUAUUAUGUCUUUUACUAUUUCAAAAAAUGGCCGAUUAGCUUUGUUAAAUGUAGCAACUCAGGGAGUUCAUUUAUGGGACUUGCAAGACAGAGUUUUAGUAAGAAAAUAUCAAGGUGUUACGCAAGGGUUUUAUACAAUUCAUUCGUGUUUUGGAGGCCACAAUGAAGACUUUAUCGCUAGUGGCAGUGAAGAUCAUAAGGUGUACAUCUGGCACAAGCGUAGUGAGCUGCCAAUCGCAGAGCUGACAGGGCACACACGUACAGUGAACUGCGUGAGUUGGAACCCACAGAUUCCAUCUCUGAUGGCCAGCGCCUCAGAUGAUGGCACUGUUAGGAUAUGGGGACCAGCACCUUUUAUAGACCACCAGAAUAUUGAAGAGGAAUGCAGUAGCAUGGAUAGUUGAUGGCGAAUUUGGAGCAGACGACUUCUAACUUAAAAUUAGUCGGAUUUUAAUGGCUUGGGAUUUGGUGCAAACAAACAUGAUUGAUAUAGCUGGAUGGACAUGCUCGUCAUGAAAAAGAACCAUUUCUGAAGCCCGAUUGGGGCCAAACAUUUCCACCUUGCUUCAUAGUAACCAGUUGAGAUGAAGCGCGUCGCUAGAACGUUGUUGGACACCAUGUUGAAUUAUCCCCCCAUCGGUUGUGAAGAACUGUGCUACAUUGAGGCUUACCCAUCGAACUCAGUAUCUAUUUUUCCCUCCUGCCUUUUGUGUGGCAGGAUACCAUUCUUGUUGCUCUUCUGUGUAAUGAAGUUUAAAUGCUUGUUUGGAAAACUUUAUUUAACAGUUUAGAAGGCUUGAUAGAAAGAGUGCAUUAGUCUGAAGAGUAUACAUUGGAUAGGAAAGAAUUUCCUUCUUUUGUUUCUCCAAAUCUUUCCGCCUUAUUUAGCUUGAGAUCUUUGCAGCUUGGUUCAUGGAUUCUAGCCUUGCCCGUUGCGCAGUAUAUACUGAUCCAGAUGACAAACCAGUGAACUAUGUCAAAAGCACUCUCAAUAUUACAUUUGACAAAAAGUUUUGUACUUUUCACAUAGCUUGUUACCCCGUAAAAGGGUUAACAGCACAAUUUUUUAAAAAUAAAUUAAGAAGUAUUUAUAGGAUUAAAGUGACUUCAUUUGUAUACAUUUGGAAUCUAAACCAGCUUCAAAACAGUUUCCUCAGUGACUUAGAUAUGCAGUAUAACAGACUCUAUUGGAGUACAAGACACGGUCAGACACAGUGCUUUGGAAGGACAUUACACAGGAAAUUAAGAGUAAUACUUCAAGCCAACCCACCCCCACCUCCCACUCUGUUUAAUUCACUAGAGAAACAUCAGUACCUGCUCUUGAGAUUCAAGUUUUUAAAGGUGCGUUUUAGGUAUACCAACACAGCUCAGUAGUCAGUUUAGGUGUUCAGCAAAGCUUGUCCCAAGUUGUUCUCAACUUGGGAAGUCAUUUUGGUGUGAUCUAGCAAGAGAGUAGACAUCAGCAGAUAGAGAAGCUCUUUGGAAGCCCAUAGUGUAAUUGAGAUAUGGAAAGAAGAAUGUAGCAGCUUCUAAACAUACUUAAACUGGGUUUUAAAUAACGUCGCAGUGAGUCUUUUCCCUUAAUAGCCCUUAAUAUUUUGACAUGUAUGGAGACAUAUACCUUGUCAGUUGUCAGUUAUUGCCAUACUGAACCUCAUUCUAAACUGGUGCUGUGGGUAGUCUUUCCCUCUCCCUUCCCCUUUAGUAUAAGAAAGGUUUCCUUCAUGGGUAAGCACUUGUAAUUUUGAGAAUGUCACACUUAAAAAAGCCAAAAGCCUGAUGUUCACAUUGUGCUUUUAAACCCGUGACAGCUGAAGACAACACGCGUGGUCUCCUUGGAAACCUGCCCUUGUCAGUGGAAGAUCUAUCUGGUGACCAACACCGUUCGUAUUAGGAGGAGUUGGGGAUACCCCCAAGCAAGUCUGGUGGACAAAACGUCUCACACCAAGGUCCCUGGUCAGCCCAGCCAAGACGGUCCUGUGUUAGUAGGCUCCCUCAGGGUCCACACAAGACACAUAGCUGGGGUGUCAGGAAUUCUCCCAUGAAGGGGUGAGGGGUGGCAGCAGGAAGAAAGGGGGGAGAUCAGGGAAGGGGAGAAGAAAGCAAAACACAAUUGGCCUUAAAAUAGCCUGGGUUCUCCCAAAAGCUCAAAGAGAAAAACGGCAGAUUGUGGUCAGCAGGUUAUUUUAUCAAAUUGGUCCGUGAACGAUUUUAAGCUCCACUUUGCAGAGACCACCACUUAGAGAAUCAAAGAAUUCCUGUUUUAUGCUUCUGAGUAAAAUAUGUUACAGUUUAUCUGGAACUUCAUUUUUCUUUUAAGAUUACUUUUUACUUUCAGCUUGAAUAAAAAUCUUCAUUGGUAACUAUAUAAAUUAAGUGGCAACUUCUCUGUACCUCAGUGGUUAUUUUCAGUGAUUCGUGUGUACCCGGAAGCAUUAACACACCCCAGUCUCUACAGGAACAUCAAAAUGUGGGCAGAGACACUCCACUGCUGGGCGUUAACAGUGUGCAGUGAUGGUGCCCAUUUGGGGCAGUUUGACACUCAGACGCUCCCUAUCUACUUCACACCCCCUAGAUCAGAGUAAGAACAUAACUCCAAUUAAAAUGGAGCAACAACUAUGCAAAGGUUUCUAGAGCAGCUAGGUGAGUUUCCUCAUGCCAGCUUGCUGUAAGCAAGGUUCGGAGUUUGCCGUGCUGUGACUGCUAGGAAGUGAAGACACUGAGGGCAGGAGUGUAAUCCACAGCCACUAACUGCUGGGACUGCCACAGGCUUGGAAGGAGGCCUCGGGAAAAGGCCAAGCAAGGAUACUCCCAAGCCCGCCAUAAGAUACUCACAGAUGUAUAAAUUGAAAAGUACCAAUACUUUUUGCACACAUAUCAAAACAGAUGUUUGCCCCCCCCCAAAAAAAAAAUUCAGGUUUAGUAGGCUCAUUUCCAUGUGCUUAAAAAUGUUUUUGUUGUUCAUUAAGGGCUAGAGUAAGCAUAACAUUAAAUGUCUUUUUCCUCUUAAAUAAUUGGCAAUAUAAGGGCUGUGGGGAUUUUAAAGAUUGGUGUGAGGGUGGUGGUAAGGAACGGCCCGCAUCCUGCCCUGUGUAGCAGUCUCCACCCCAGCUCCUUGUCUGUUGCUCUUACUGGCCUGAUAGGUGUGAGUAACCAGGUAAGUCACCUGCACAGAGUGAAUGUUGCUACCGUCCUGGCAAGGUAGGGUAUGAAUAAAAAGGGAUCCCCUAACUAUAUAGUCGGUAAUUACAAUAAUCACUAGUUAAAGGGUUUCUUGCCCUGUUGUCUAGCAAUCACACGUAAUGGCGGUCAUUGUUAGUCAUGGUCUGCUUCUUGUGGCGCUCCACAGUAUUAAUAGAAAACCCUCCCCCCACCCUUCCCCAUCUUGAAAUUCUCUUUUUUAGGAUGUUGGUUCCUGCAAAUGAGAGAACUGACCCAGUCACCUCUGCCUCGCAAUGGGUAAAACUACAUCUCUUGAAAGGGGCAGAGCCCUGUCCGUUUCUGUACAGCAGAAUGGCUGCUUUUCAAUGGGGAGGAGAGAAGACAUUGUUCUUAAUAUCCUUUUGGUCCCAAAUCAAGAAGUGUACGUAAUACCUCCCAUUAGUUUUCCUCAUUUAGACUUAAGGAGCUCCCAUUUGGGGCGCCCCAAAACGUUUCUUCCAUUUCAGAAACCAUAUCUGAUUUAAAAUCAACUGCUAACUUUUAAAGAAAAAGGUGAAUUUGCAUCUACACUUGACAUUUUCUAAAAACAGGGUGAACUUAAAAUUUUUCAGUGUUGUUAAAGCUAUUGUUCUAAUAGCGGCCCUAUAGUUGCAAAAACAAAAAAGGGAACCUAUGUCCUAUAUCCUUAAUCCAGAUAGCCUGGAUUCAAUGGGCCUAGUAUAAAAGUUGUGUGUGUGUGUGUGCGCGCGUGCGCGCGCAUGUACAUGUAUGCGAGAGACUAGUAAGUCCUGGAGACAAGCUGUUCUAGAUUUUGUCAAUUUUACUAAAGUCUUUAAAAGUGCACAUGUGAAGUGCCCUCUUUGAAUUUAGGUUUGGUUAAUACUGGUAUGUUUUUUUAUACGAUUGAAACUGACCCAAUGUUUAACUAAGAAACAUUUCUCAUUAUUGGAAUCAAUGUGCUAGAACUGAAUCAGAACAUUUUUAGGCACAGAUGGAAAAAAAUGUGAUUGGCUCCUUGAAAAUGGGUAUGUGUAGCAAGGGGAAUGGAUCCACGAAGGCGUGUACGUACUUACGUACUACAAACCAAGCUGUAGAGACCAAGGACAUAACUUAAGUGUUGAUCUCCCGAUUUCUAAAUUGUCAAGAUUUACAUGGAGUUGUGGUGGAACUAGUUAACACUUAGAGCUUUGGGUAUGUAAUGACUAUUUGCUAUGGACUGAUUGUUUCAAAGGAUUGCAUUCUUAAAUUUGGUGAAGGGGGGAUUUUUUUGUGUUGCUUUUUUUCUCAGAUUAUAUUUAGCUUAAAUUUCUUUGCUAUAUUAUUUCAUUAAAGCAUAAAAACUUCAGGUCUCUUAAUAUUUAUUUUCACUUGUUCUACUAAUUAUUUACCAAACACCCUUUGUUAACUUUUAUUUUAUAAAUGUGUAGCAUAUUAAACAUCGUAAAAUUCUGUUUGAAUGAAACUACAGUAACCUUUAUUUGCUUUACUGGGAUUUUUUUUUUUAAUACACCUUUCUCAUGUCGGUGCCCAGCACUUAACAAUCGUUUGUAUUCCCUUUCUUUCAAUCCAAUAAACAGAAUGAAUAACUAUGUGA